AUGCAACGCAAGGUGUUUCUGCCACCCGUUGGCUGUUUCAGCAAUGCGGGAGAAACACUCUUCAGUCAGACAAACGCUGAGCGAGAGACACAGCUACUCCUGCCUUCCCUCUUCCCCUGUCUCCAUCACUACAAGGAAGGUGUGGAAGGAACUGCUCAAAUUCCCCAGUGCUUUCCUGUGGCAGAGAAGGCCUCCUCACACCCAACUCUGAACGGACAGAAGUCAGCAAAAUCAGCAAGGGACUCUUUUUCAGCAUACAACAGCAAGUACCUCACAGUUCCUCAAAACCGGACUUCCUUGCACACCAGCAGGAUCAAUGGAGCGUUUGAAGCACCGAGCUGUAUGAAGUCCUUCAGCAGUUCUAUUAUAAACAAUUACCUGGAUGGGAUGCAAGGAGGGGCCGUGGACAAGGCAUCCCUAAGUGGCAAGCAUUUCAGGGACAGCAAGAGAAAGGUCGACUACGUGUUAGCCUACCACUACCGAAAACGCCUCGCUCGGCACCCGCCUGGUGUGGGCUCACCAGAGCCGACACGCGCAUCUGCCUCCUUGGCCCUGGUUUUGAAUGGAGGGACCGAGCUGGGCCGUGCCCAGCCGCAGCAGCAAGAUGGUGGUCAGCGUGACCUGCAGGAGUGGCCGGGGCUGCCGGGGGAUGAGGUGAUCGAGCUCGGCCCGCUGGAUGCUCUGGAGGAGGAGAAGCGGCUGCAGCGGGAGGAGUACGAACGCAACCUGGUGGAAGCGGGGCUGGAGAUAGAGAAAGACCCUGAGAAUAAGAGCCAAGGACUGAGUUUUGUCCGUAUACAUGCACCUUGGCAAGUACUUAGUCGAGAAGCGGAACUCCUUAAAAUAAAAAUGCCCACUAAAAAGAUGUAUGAAAUCACAGAAGAAGAAGGAAUACUCAAAAAGUUAAAUGAAAUAUGGUGCAAAUUGACUGAACCUCUGCAACCCCAGGUGCCACAACAAGAUAAUACCAACAUGAAAAGUCUGUCUUACCCAUUUUCCAGAGAGAAAAUAUAUUUGUAUAACAUUAAAGACAAAGACACCUUUUUUGACAAUGCUACUCGCAGCCGAAUAGUACGUGAAAUUUUGAAGCGCACAUCUACAAAGGCCAGAAACAGCAUGGGUAUUGGCACAUUAAUAGCAAACAAUGUUUAUGAUGCAGCAUACCCACUUCAUGAUGGUGAAUAUGAAGGCCAAAAUGAUGACAUGAAUGAAAGAAAGUUGCUGUAUCGAGAAUGGGCAAGAUAUGGAGUAUUUUACAAGUUUCAGCCUAUUGACCUCAUAAGAAAGUAUUUUGGAGAAAAGAUAGGACUUUAUUUUGCAUGGCUGGGUUUAUAUACAGAAUUCCUCAUUCCAUCUUCAGUAGUCGGGAUUAUUGUAUUUCUUUAUGGAUGUAUAACCAUUGAGAGCGACAUUCCUAGUAAAGAAAUGUGUGACCAACGCAAUGCCUUCACCAUGUGCCCCCUGUGUGACAAAUUCUGUGAUUACUGGAACCUCAGCUCUGCCUGUGCUACCGCUCGAGCUAGCCACUUAUUCGACAACCCCGCCACGGUCUUCUUCUCCAUCUUUAUGGCUCUCUGGGCUACUAUGUUCCUUGAACAAUGGAAGCGUUUGCAGAUGAGAUUGAGUUACUUCUGGGAUCUAACUGGACUGGAGGAAGAAGAAGAGCAUCCCAGACCAGAGUAUGAAAACAAACUGCUGCAGAAAAAGCUGAAAAAUAAAAACAUCACAACAGAAAAUUCAAAUGAACAUGAAAAGGAAAAGCUGACAUGGAGUGACCGUAUGCCUGGAUAUGCAGCAAACUUUGGAUUGAUUUUAUUCAUGAUUAUGCUGACGUUUUCAGCAGUGUUCGGUGUGAUUGUAUACCGAAUUACUACAGCAGCAGCUUUGUCAUUCAGCACAAAUGAGACAACGAGGUCAAAUGUUCGAGUGACUGUGACCGCAACUGCUGUCAUCAUUAACCUCGUUGUGAUACUUAUACUUGAUGAAAUUUAUGGAGCUGUUGCCAAAUGGCUGACAGAAAUUG